AUGGCGACGGAACUUGAGAUUGUGUUAGAAUCUCAAGAGGAGGAUGUUCGGGAGGCCACCAAAUUCACAGUUAUUGGAAAAAUUAUCUCGAAAAAACCCUUAAAUCGACGAGGAGUGAUUGGGGUUUUGCAGAGUAUUUGGCCACGAAAAGAGAUACUUACUAUUCGUGAGAUGGGUCAGAAUCUUUAUGCCAUUUCUUUUGUCAAUCAACAGUUUAUGGAAGAUGCUUUGGCUAAUGGACCUUGGUCAGUUAUGGGGUGCUACCUCAAUAUAAAGAAGUGGGAGAUUGGUCAGGCUAUGUCAGAUCUGGAUUUUUCUCGGGUGGAUUUCUGGUUACAGGUACAUAAUCUUCCUUUAGAGAUGCUUACAUGUCAGAAUGCUGAGAAAAUUGGUGUUGUUAUUGUUAGAAAUUGUGAACAAUAUGAGGGUGGGCAAUUAAGAUAUGGUCCUCAUAUGAGAACUGGGCCAAUUUGGGAUAAAAAAGUUGUAAGGUGGCCAGGAGGGGAUAAAGGGAAACAAUGUAUGGACAGUACUUUGAAUAAGGAUUGUUUGAUGUUAGAUAAAGAGGGUGAGGGAAUUUUGAAGUGGGAAAGCAGAAGUAUGGGGGAGUCUAGUGGUGCUAAUAAGAGGGUGUAUCAAGAAUGUAGUUUUAUUAGUCCAGUAAAAUGUGGGGAUGGUGUUAUAAUGGUUGAGGAUGGAAUUGAUAAGCUACAGAAAGUGGAUACAGAUGCUACUGCUCAUAAGGUUGAUGAAGUGGAUAUAGUUGGAGUAGAAGAAUCCCAAGUUCAGCAUGAUAAUGAAGGUGGGAAAGAUGUUGAAGUUGCUGAUUUUCGGAAAUUAAAUUUGAAGCGUGGGUGUCAGGAUUGGGAAGAACUUGUGUUGCCAAUUGGAAAGAGAUGUAAGUUGGAAAUUGGAGAAAAUAAGGAAAACAAUUAUAAGAUAGACUCUGCUAAGGUGGAUAGUGAGUUAAGCUUGCGGGAUGUUAAAGGUCGACAGAGGAAGAAGUAUCAAUCUAGAUCUGCUGUGAAGAAUAAAGGAGUAAGGAGGAGAUGUAGAGUAGAGAGGAGUUUGAGGGGUGGUGUUUUACAAGAAGUUGAGGUUCAUGAGAUAGAAUAUUGGGAUGCCAAUAAAGUUAAUGAACAAUUAGAGUCUUUUCUGGAGGGUAGUUGUUAUGUUGAUCCAGUAGGUAUUGGAGGGGGUCUGGCUCUUUGGUGGGAUCAAUAUUGGGUUGUUACUGUGAUAGGGAAGUGUAAAAAUCUGAUUGAUGUAGAAGUUGCUGGGGGAGAUUUAGAAAGGAGUAUUAGGAUUUUUUGGAUUUAUGGUCCACCAACUUUUGAAGAGAGGCAGGAUGUUUGGAGAAUGAUCAUUGAUAGAUCUAGAAGUUUUGAUGCUCCUUGGAUAUGUAUAGGAGAUUUUAAUGAUUUUUUGUAUAUACAUGAAAAGGAGGGUGGUAAUGUGAGGGCUGCUAGGAAGAUGGCUGGUUUUUGGAAUUUUGUUAACCAAUGCCAGUUAAUUGAUGUUCAUUGUCAUGGACAAAGAUUUACAUGGAUGUGUAAGAGGGAUGGUAAUUUGAUCAAAGAAAGGAUUGAUAGGGUUAUGGUGAAUGUAAGUUGGAUGGAUUUGUUUCCCAAUACACAAGCUUUUAAUCUGCCAAUUAUUGGAUCUGAUCAUGGUCCUAUUUUGGUUGAUUCUAAUUUAGAAGACUCUAAGGCCCCAAAACAAUUCAAAUUUGAGAUCAUGUGGAUGGAUAAGGAAGACUGUGCUCAAGUUAUUCAGGAUGGUUGGAAUGCUGAUUUUCAGGGGUCGUAUGCUUAUCAAUUGGUGGCAGAAAUACAAGAUAAAGAUAGUGAUUCUCACAGUUUGGCCAAAGCUGAGAUCCUCAUUGUUAGAUUACAUGAAACUUGGAAGCAAGAGGAAAAGUAUUGGUCUCAAAGGUCUCGGAUCAAUUGGCUUCGACAUGGUGAUCAGAAUUCAAAAUUCUUUCAUCAGUCAACUAUCAUCCAGAGACAAAGGAAUAAAAUCCUUAGUCUAAAAGUUGAAAAUGAAGACUGGAUAGAAAAUGAAGAUGAGAUUCUGGAGGUUUUUACUCAGUACUAUGAGAAGUUGUUUACUACUGAGGGUGAUAGAGACUGGCACAAUGAGCUUGAGUAUGUUCCACAGUUGGUAACAGCAGCUAUGAAUGAGGAAAUUACUAAGGAAGUUACUGAAGAAGAAAUCAUGGAAGCAGCUUUUCAAAUGGGAGCUCUUAAGGCUCCAGGUCCUGACGGAUACAAUGGGGCUUUUUAUCAGGGAUAUUGGGAAAUUAUCAAAACAGCUGUGGUGAAUAUGGUUAAGAGUUUCUUCCAUUGUGGUGUUAUGUUGAAGGAAGUUAAUAGAACUAGAGUUGCUCUUGUUCCUAAAGGUCUCAAACCUGAAUUAGUUACACAGUUUAGACCUAUAAGCUGUUGUAACUAUGUUUAUAAGAUUAUCUCUAAGGUCAUUGCUAAUCGAUUGAAGCCUAUGAUGAAUGAUUUUGGAAGCGAGGAAAGGAGGAAGAAUCAUGGCAGACAAAGAAGUUCUGGAGCUUCAUCAUCAUAUUUGAUUCCAGAAGACUUGUGGAAAUUUAUUUGGAACCUCAAUGUGCCAAAUCGUAUCAGAAUUUUUAUGUGGAGAGCUUGUAAGAGCAUUCUAAUUAACCAUGUCCUAUGGAGGAGACAUCUUCGACAAGAUCCUGUAUGCCCAUGUUGCAGUAAGUUCCCUGAAACUAUUGAACAUACACUUCUUCUUUGUGAUUGGGUAUUGCCUGUGUGGUUUGGAGUUAUAGGGAUUAGAGUUAAUAGAGAUCAGAUUAGAACUUUAGAUGAAUGGUUGAUGACAGUUUUGAGAGAUUCUGGGCAAGGUAAAGAAUAUCAAAUUCAUUUGGGAACUGCCAUAGUUGUCACUUGCUGGUUCAUAUGGAAGGCACGUUGUCAACAUGUUUUUGAGAAAGCUGAACUAAGACCAGACAUAAUUGUGCCCAUAAUACAAAGAUUUAUUUUAGAACUUGAGGAUGCUAACUCUUUGACCAGAAGUAAGAAGGCUACUACUGAGGUUCGGAUUAAAGAAGAUAAAUGGAAAGCUCCAGAGGAAGGUUGGUCAAAGCUGAAUUGUGAUGGUGCCAUCGACACUAAAACUUUUGAUGCUGGAAUAGGGGUCAUUGUUAGAAACAGUACUGCUGAUUUGAUUGGGGGUAAAGGUUUAUCAUUACAAGUGAGUUCCAUUGAAGAAGCUGAGGCUGUGGCAAUUAGAUAA